ACUCGUUCAGUUAGUUUUUUACACUAAAUAUAUUUAAAUAAUUGUAUAUUAUUUUAAUUACACUAUUUAAUACUUUUAUAGUGAAGUGUACAAUUUAAAUAUGACCAGUGGCUAGACAACAACUGCAUUCUCUACAAUGUAUUUUGAGAUUGAAAACACUCCAGAACAUAUCAAAAGAAGUCGUCGUUUGCAAGCAGUACAGAAAAAUUCGCCUAAAGAAGAAUGUCCCCGCCUUGUUUUGGCCCCAUUCUCCAGACCUCCCCAAGUAGUCUUUGAGAAUGUCCUUGUUGGUACUACGUGUGAAAGAAAUUUGGAAGUAUUUAAUCCUUCGAAACAUGUUCAACAGAUUACACUGGGACGAAGUCUUCCCCCUGGACUUAUUAUAGCAUUGCCUGAAGAAUGGCUAGUGUUGGAGCCAGAAUCAUGUUACUAUUUGACAAUGCUGUGGACCCCAAUGCAGCCAACAGCAUUACGAGAAACAAUACGCUUCACCAAUGAAAAUAGGGGCAGAUAUGAUGUGGUUAUUGUGCUUAAGUCUCGAAUGCAGGUGAAAGAAAAAUCUAGCAAAUCUAAGGUUUUCAAAAUAUCCCCAAAUAAAAUGAAAAAGAAAGGAUCAAAGAAAUCCCCUGUUUCCAUUUAUAAGAAAAAGUCAGAAAUUAUUUAUAACACAACUAAAAUAAAAAAAUCUGUUAACGUGAUUCAGUCCAAACAGCAUAGGGUAUUGCAACCAUCAAAUAAAGAUAAUGUAUCUAUGUACAAUGAUUAUUCCAUUGAGUCACAUCAAGUGAAAUGUCCAUUUGACUAUCCAGACAACAUCAACUUUACAUUUGAUACAUCUGAAGUGUUUUCGAAUAUGAGAAAGCCAAAGUCUGAUUUCUUACAACAAGUAUAUGAUCAACCUUACACAACUAAUACCAAUAGACAGGUACAAAAACAAAAUAUUAAGUUAUCAAAAAAACAACAUAACACGUUAGAUACAGAUGUAUUUGAUAAUCUUACUUUUACCCCCCUCAAGAGCUUCCCUGCAACAAACGAUAAAUUGGAAAAAGGCCCUCAAAUAAUACUAAGCAUGAAUUCAGAAAGUGAUAGCAGUUUGGAUAUGAAAACAUCCAACAAAGAAAAUGAAACCCAUUCAAUAAUCAGCAUAGUAUCAACACAGUCUAACAAAUGGAUGACUGUAAAUCAUCACACACAAGUCGAAAACCAAUAUGCAGAAACACCUACACUUAUAAAUAAGAAAAUUCCCAAUACAUCAUCACCAAAGGAGUUUAAUAGCCCUAAUUUUACCAUUAAUACAGAAUUCUCACGUAUAAGUGACCUAUCCUUUUAUCCUCAAAGAUUUUCAACUGAGAGAAAGGGAUUACCUACAGUAAAUAAUGAAAUACAUGACUUAGUUGAUGAUAUGAAUUCAAAUAUUAAAGUUAGUUCAGAUACCUAUACUAAAGAAUCACCAAAUACACCAAUGGAUCCACACAACAUACAUACCGAAAAUAGACAUCCUUAUUUCUUUUUGAGAGAUCAACCAAAAAUGUGCAGGCAAGCUCUAUUUAAAGAAUAUCAGCAGCAGAAGGAUGCUUACGAUAGAAAUUAUCUGCAUCCAGUUGAAAGUAACAUAUGGCAUAAAGAUUAUCGAAGUGAAAUGAAAUCACCUCCUAGAUCUCUUACCCCACCACUUCAGUCUAUACCAGAAGAAAGCACACAAUUUUCUGAAAUGCAAGUUUUUGAUAAAUCUGAUAAGCAAACUUCUACAUUCACUAUAAACGACCGCACGUUUGAAAAAACAAGGGCUUCUAUAAAUAAUAGACAGUCAUGGUCGAAAAAAGCUGUCAUUAAAGCAGAACCAGAUAUUUGGAAGAUACCAGUAUCAGUACCUAAGAAAUCAUUAAAACCUAAAAGUAGUCUGCGUGGUAAAGAAUCAUUGGGGACUAGCAUAUACAAUGUAACAUAUGAAGGCAAUAGUACCAAAACUAAUCACAAUCUAUCUAUGAAUCGGAUAGGAAAUGUAUAUUCACAGUCUUCAACAGUGGAUCCAUUUUUGUCAUCUACCUAUUUUUAUGAUGAAGAAGCUGUAGAUAAGUUUGAAAAGGAAUUUAAGAGAUGGCUGAACUGUAUAUUAACACCUCCAGCUGAUUUGGACAGCAAUGUGGAACAAAAAAUUGACGUAGGCAAAGCUUGGAUUGAGAAUCGAAACAGGGAAGUUCCUGCUGCGCCCACUAAAGAACAAGUCUGUAGUAAGUAUCACAACAGUCAUAGAUUGGAAAGUCUACGAAGGGCAGCGAGAGCCUUGUUAAUGAGUACGGAAAUGACUCUAGUUUUCCAAAAACUAACUGCACAAAUUGAGAAAAAGUUAAUUGCUAUCAGAACUGAUAGAAAUCUUCAUUUAGAUGUUGGAUUACAAAAAAUAAUCAUGGAGUUGUUACUUUCUUACAAUCCACUGUGGCUUCGUAUUGGAUUAGAGGCUAUAUAUGGCAUUGUAUUGCCAUUGAAAUCGAACAGUGACAUAGAAGGACUAACUACAUUUAUUAUUCAAAGAUUAUUUAAAAAUCCACAUUUGAAAAACAAACAUUCCAAAUCAAAUGCACCCAAUAUGCUUUUACCUGCGUAUAUGGAAGCUAUAAAAAAAUUUACACUGAAAAAAUUUUUUAUGCUUGUAUUUUUCUUAGAUCAAGCUAAACAGAGAAAAUUAAUAUCACAUGAUCCCUGCCUAUUCUGCAGGAACGCAGUAUGCAAGGAAAGUAGAGAAAUUAUUAUUAGAUUUACAAGAGAGCUUAUUGCUGGUAUAGGUGAUAUUACAAAACAUCUCCGACCGUUGGGUUACGUAGUUAGCCAUAAGCAGUCUUAUUUAGAUGAGUACAAAUACGCUGUUCACAAUAUAGCUCUCGACAUUAGGGAUGGCGUUAGACUAACUAAAGUAAUGGAAAUAAUUUUAAUUAAAAAUGGUUUACUGAACCAGCUGCGAACACCCGCUAUAUCGCGUUUGCAGAAAAUACACAAUGUUCAAGUGGCUCUAAAUGCAUUGAAAGAAGCGAAUUUUGUAAUCCAUGGCGAUAUUGCUGCGAACGAUAUUGCUGAUGGCCACCGAGAAAAGACAUUAUCGCUGUUAUGGCAGAUUAUUCAUGAAUUCCGCGCUCCAUUGUUCGAAAAAGCAGCAAAUGUCAUACAGACUUGGUGGAGAAAGAAAUUUGAAGUUAUUAUGGAAAAAAGGAAAGAAGAAGAAAAACGUCUGCAACAAAAAAAUUACGCAGCAUGCGUGAUACAAUGUUGGUGGCGUCGAAUUCAAUACAAUCGUCUGGUUGAAUGGAAAAUGCACCAAGUUACUACUGCUACAAUUACAAUACAAAAAUACUGUCGUAUGUGGCUCUCUCGGACUCGAUUGCGUAAAAUCAAAACCAGUGUACUAAUUAUUGAAAAUUGGUAUAGAUCAAAAACAAUGAUAAAGGAAGCAAAAGUAAUACUUUUAAAAUUAAAACAGGAGAAACAAGAGCAAAUAUUAGGGUCUACUAUAAUAAUACAGAGUUAUGUUAGACGGUGGAUAUGUAUGAAACAAUAUAAAUUAAAAAUCCAGAAAACGAUAUUCAUUCAGAGCUUUGUCCGUUCCUAUCUUACUAGAAAGCAAUAUCUGCUAGUUAGAAAGGCUGUCAUUUAUACUCAACAGAAAUACAGAGGGAAAAGACUCAUGAGAAUAGAAAUGAAAAUUCUGGCUGAAAAACGACGAAGUGCUAUUGCGAUACAAAGCUUUUAUAGAAUGAUAAGAGAUUACAGGGUGUAUCAGAAACUUAAAAAAGCUGUCAGCAUUGUAGAAGAACACUACAUAGCAUUACUGAAAAUGAGGAACGAAAGAAGUAAUUACUUAAAACAAAAAAAAUGUGCUAUCAUACUCCAGACAUACUAUCAUGCUUUCAAAAUUCGGAAGGAAUAUUUAAGACAAAGAAAUAUUAUUGUCAGAUUACAAAGAAAAGUAAAAGCUAAUCAGCUUAUGAAGAAAGAAAAAAAUAACUAUUUGAAUACUAGAAAAGCUACUGUUGUUUUACAAAAAUAUAUUAAAUCUUAUCUUGUUAUGAAGAAAACACGCGAUGAUUAUUUGGCUCAACGAAAAUCUGUAAUCUUAAUACAAACUUAUUUUAGAACAUAUUUAGUAGGAACGUUACAGAGAAAGAACUACCUCCAACUACGAAGUGCAACGGUUAGCAUUCAAAAUUUCUUCCGUAGUUUCCAAAAAAUGCGGAAAGAAAGGGCUGCUUUCUUAAAAUUAAAACAUUCAGCUGUCUACAUUCAAAGACGAUAUAGGGCUCAAGCUCUGAUGAAACAAUGUAAAGAGUAUUAUGAUAAUUUACGAGCAACAAUUAUUACAGUCCAGCUCAAAUUUAGGGCUCAAAGGUUAAUGAAGAAGGAAAGGCUUUAUUAUUUGAGACUGAAGUCAUCUUGUUUAAUCAUUCAAAAUGCAUACAGAGCAUAUGCUUUAGGAAAAUGUCAAAGACAAGAUUUCGUAAACAAAAAACAAGCUGCUAUUUUAAUACAAAGAUGGUAUAGGAAUAUAAAGAAAUGUAGACAUGUAAUGGAUGAAUAUCAUCAAACAAAACAAGCUUGUGUAACAAUACAGAGAGUUUAUAGAGCGUAUGUAAUUGCGAGAAUCCAAAGGCGAGAGUAUAUUAAAAUUAAGACUGCAACAAUAUGCAUACAGAAAUACUAUCGAGCGUAUAUUGAAAUGAAAACGGUUAGACAAGAAUACAUACAACUUAAAGCUUCUACCGUGACUAUUCAAAGAUUUUACAGAUCAUAUGUGGAUACCAAACGACACAGAGAAUUAUUUUUAAGAACAAAAAUUUCAGCUUUACUUAUUCAAAAUUAUUAUAAACGAUUUAAAGAAAGUAAAGUUACUAGACAAACAUAUUGUGACUUAAGAAAUGCAACAAUUUUUAUUCAACGGAAGUAUCGCAGCAUUUGUGCUACGAAAAUACAAAGAGAUCAUUUUCUGAAAUUAAAAAAUGCUGCACUGGUCGUGCAACAAAAAUAUAGAGCAUUGCAAGCAAUGAAACAAACAAGACUAGCCUACCUAAAGUUACGUUCUGCUGCUGUUAUUCUUCAGACGAGAUACAGGGCUCGGUUGUGUAUGAUACAAGAAAAUAGCAAAUACGUAUCAAAAGUCAAAGCAUGUAUUUAUAUACAAAGAUUUUACAGGGCCUAUAUGCUGUGUAAGAAACACCGGAAAGAUUAUUUGGAAUUAAAGAAUUCCACCUUUAUUUUACAACACAGGUAUAGGGCAUUACUUGCUAUGCGAAAGGAGAGACAAUCCUACGUAAAAACACGAUUAGCUGUUAUUACCCUUCAGAGAAAAUAUAGAGCACGACAUUUGAUGUUGCAAGAGAAAUCUAAAUUUAUAAGAAUGUUACAGGCUUGUGUAAUUAUUCAGAAAACGUACAGAUCUUAUUUGUUAGGUAAAAGACAAAGAUUGGAGUACAUGCGAUUGAAAUGUGCGACCAUUACUAUUCAAAAAUGGUUUAGAGCAACUUGGGAAACCAGAUGUAUACGAACUCGAUAUCUACAGCUAAAGAAAAUAGUUAUAUUUACGCAGCGUCUCUACAGAGCGAAGAAACACUCUCGUGAAUCGCGACGAUUAGUUGCUGCAAAAAAAAUUCAAACUUGGUUCAGAUGUAAACAAAUCCAAAAUACAUGUCGUAACAAUUAUCUGAAUUUUAAAAGGAAUUGUAUUACUGUGCAGUCCAUUAUUCGCAUGUAUAUUCAACGGAAAAGAUAUUUUAAACUUAAAUGCGCGAUUUUAUCCAUACAAAAAUACUACCGCGCUCAUAUUUUAGCUGUAACCUCAAGGCGACAUUACUUACAAAUCAGAAAAUCCGUUAUCAAGUUACAAGCUUGGUUCAAAGGAUACAAAACUCGAAAAUGUUAUUUGAAUAUGCGCAGAGCUGCAUUGGUUAUACAAACUGCCUAUCGGUCCAAGAAACAACGAGAGCAGAUCAAAGCUCAUAGAGAACGCGCUGCGAUAUGUUUACAGAAAUAUUUCAGACGGUACCUAGUUCAAUCGAGAUAUCGAAAGUACAGAGAAAAAGUUAUUUAUAUUCAAAGAAUAUGGAGAGGAAAGUUAGUGACAAGACUGAUGCAUUGUGAUUUUUUCCAAAAAAGACAAGUUAUAAUUAAAUUACAAUCUGUUAUCAGAGGGUAUUUAGUGAGAAAACAAGUCCAAUUUAAAAAGGAGCAUGUACUACAGCUCAAAGAAGAGAACAGGAAAAAUUGGGCAGCAUCAAAAAUUCAGGCUCUCUUCCGUGGACAUCGAACUCGUGUGAUCAUUGCCGGAAACAGACGAGUAGCCGAUCUCCGGCGCAGAUGGCAGGAAGGAGCAUUAAAUUCUGACCAACCGACUUUGAAGGAACGCAACGAGGAUGCCAUGGACGUCUUGCGAAAUAUGUCUGAUAUUGAAACAGUAAUAAGAGCAUUCAGAUCACUUGAACUACUAACAGAAGUAUUCCCUAUGAUGUAUAAUAAAAAUGCAUCAUCCAUUGUGCACAGAGUUUAUAUCUAUAUGUCUGUGACAAAUAGAUCCAUUUCUAGCAUAGAAGUGUUAAAAUGUGCUGCUUCAGUCCUAGUUAAUUUGACUAGAUAUAAAAUAACUGGACCAAAAAUAUACUCUAGGAUUCGCAUACCACCUAUUUUGAAGUUCAUGUGGAGAUUUAGCAAUAGUGAGACCUACUUAUUCUGCAUACUAUCAACAUAUCUUUGGCUUUUUUCGAAAUAUGAUGAUGUCAGAGAGGAUCUAAUAGAAUUUCUACACAUACCUGAAUACUAUAAAAUGUUACUGACUAUCAAAGGCAAUAUUGAUAGAAUGAAGAGAAUGGCGAGUAAUACAACGCGAAGUAAAUAUAGCACGCCGCAAACUGCAAAAUUUGUGUCACAUACUGGAAAUCAAUCUCUAAACUACAGUCUUUGCAGCAACCAUAACAGUGCUCGAAUACCACUACCCGCCUUAGAACCAGACUAUGGUAUUAUAAGAGCUGAUAAGCCACGCUAUUUUGAAGACGCCGGACAAGCUAUAACUUGCCUAUUUUCUACAUAUAAGUUAUAGAUUCUUUUGAUACUUUAGUAUUUAUAUAGGUAGUAUACUAUUGCCUUAAGGAAACCCAAUUUAUUUUUAUAUUAAAUUAUAAGUGAGACAAAUUCU